AUUGGAUGGAACGAUGGAAGGAUCAUAUUGAUUCGUAUGGAAUGGAGGUAAAUCACAUGAAAUGGGACUAGGGAAUCCACUUACAGCUCGCUAUAAUGCGCAUUUAAAGUUUAGUUACUCACCAGCACCCAUCUCUGACUCUAAACACCAAUCAAUCCAUUGCUCUUCGCGAAUUCGUCCCAAGCAGCGAAGCAGGAACGUCUUCUCCAAUACAAUCAAUCUUCUUAUAGCAUGAUGUCAUUGUCCGCUAAAGCAGAACUCUUUGAAUUUUGCGCUCAGGCAACAUCUGAAAUUCAAAUCGAGUGCGAUUCAAUAUCAACAGGAAAAGAUCAACCCGGGGAGUCAUCGCUAGUAAGAUGUGGUCCUGCUUUAAUCGAACUGCUGUCACGGCAAGCGAGUCAGAUUUAUGUUUAUUACCAAGAGCUACGAUCUACCAACUUUAGCACAAUUAAGCUACCGCCAGAAAUACGGUCACUUACAUUAAAACGGUUAGAUGAUAUAAUUUCAAUUGCCUACUCCAAAUUUUACGCUUUUAUUUUCAAAGACCUACCAAUAUGCUGGCGGCAGCUUUACACUGACGCAGCAAUCUUAAAAUUCUGCUUCAAGCUCCUUGGGUCAACAUGUAUUCUUGGUCAUGCUCUAAACGAUAGAUCGGCUUCUAGUAAGCAGUUUGAUGAAACCGGUAAUGGGCUAACCGAGCUGGUGAAAAUCCUUGACCUCACACUGAUUCUUGCGGGUGCUGCCGGUGAGAAAAGAGGUAGAAAGUGGAUUCAUAGGGCCCUCGAGUUACUCGACGUUGCCUGGAGAGAGACACAGCCUCCCACGGAUCAAAUGGCCUUCGAACGGCCUUCAAAAAGGAAGAAACUAGAAGGGGCUCCCGAUUCAGUUCCUGCGAGUGAUGGGACUCAAAUUGAGAGCCUAUUCUCGAAGGCCGAGCCAUUUACGCCUCCCGUAAAACAUCCGAUUAGGCACGUCAAUCAUGUGUCCAUGGAAGAAUUCCAAGCGCAUAUGGAUAACCCUCAAGACUCGAAUCUAGGGCCGGAACCCCUAGUUAUACGUGGUGCCAUUGACAACUGGCCAGCCCUAACCACGAACCCCUGGAAUAAACCAUCAUAUCUACUGUCUCGGACAUUUGAUGGUCGUAGGCUUGUGCCCAUUGAAAUUGGCCGCAGUUACGUGGAUGAGGGCUGGGGUCAGAAAAUCGUGGCAUUUGGUGAGUUCUUGCGUGAGUAUAUCGACCCAUCGCUCAAGGGCCAAGGUAGUUUCGGUGAAGAGACUACUGUUGCAUCGGAGAACGAACCAAUCGCGUAUUUAGCCCAGCACCCGCUAUUCACCCAGCUUCCUGCUCUGCGCAAUGAUAUUCUCAUCCCAGAUUAUUGUUACACAGCGCCACCCCCGCACCCAACAGAUCCCGGUAUCGACCAGCCAGAGCUUGAUGAACCUCUGCUGAACGCCUGGUUCGGACCUCCGGGCACCAUCACACCGCUACAUAACGACCCGUAUCAUAAUAUUUUAACCCAGGUCGUGGGGCGCAAAUACUUGCGUCUCUAUUCUCCUCUGGAUACAGAACGUAUGCGGGCUCGAGGAAAAGAGAAUGGGGUCGAGAUGGGCAAUACCAGCCUGAUGGAUGUUGGGGUGGUUGAGGGAUGGGAUGCAAUGCCUGAGAGUGAGGAAGAUCAGCCGAGCGAAGAAGAUUUUGCUGCCUUUGAAAAGGUACCAUUCCUAGAUUGUAUCCUAGAGCCCGGUGACGCUCUCUAUAUCCCAAUCGGGUGGUGGCAUUAUGUCAGAGGCUUGAGUGUGAGCUUUAGCGUGAGUUUUUGGUGGAACUAAUAAUCCUCUCCUUCCCACGCUGCGACACCAAAUAGUCGAUGUUCAUCUUAAGAAUCUAAGGC